AAAAAAUGCCCUACGAGAAAGGAAUCCGGUAUAAUGUCCGGUACGAUUUCCUUAGCCAUGAUUUUACCUCAGCCACGAGACGGCCCAGUGACGAACUCCCGAGAUCCGUGUUCAAUCAAGAACCAGGUGCUUCAUCGACUUCGACGAUUCAAUCGUCGCUUUCUGAUUACCGUGCCGAGCUCAUUAUUCCUUCCUUUCAUCAAUUAUUAUCAUUCUGCUGUGGCUGACUCGUUACUAGGAAGCGUAUGCCAAUGAAGGAUUCCCGACCGAAUGAGGGUCGCUGAUGCGCGGAAUUUGAUCACCUUGCUAUAAUGGGUUCUGCCUAAAUUUCUGGUAGCGCCUUUGAUUCAACCCCUCCCAUUCCUCUUAUCUUCUUGCUCAGAAUCUGUGACUGAUUGGACUUCUGAAAUUGCUCGAUAUUUGGAGGACUGGAGGGAUAAGAAGAAUGUGACUUCAUUAGAACUGAGAGAGUCAGAGAAGGAUAUUCUUCUUGAAGAGUCCGAACUAAGCAAGGAAUAUGAAUACGAUGGAUCCACUUCCAAUCCAUCCGUGCCUGUAGAGGAGGAAGUGGUGGAGGAGCAAGAAAGUGGUGGUCACGAUUCGAGAUUGGAUACCAUCAUAUCUUUUGAGGUUGAACCACCCUUUCCUGUAGAUGAUCGUGUCAAUAAAGGAGUUGACUCCAAAGGGAGGUGGACUCGAACAAGAUUGGCAUGGGUCAGCUUGCUCAUUUGCCCAUUCUGGUUUACUGCACAGCUGAUGUUCAACCUGUCUCUGAAAUAUACGACUGUGACAUCGAAUACAAUUUUGAGCAGUACGUCCAGUCUGUUUACCUUUUUGGUGUCCCUAGCUUUCCUGAGCGAGAAGUUUACCUGGGUAAAGUUUCUUAGUGUUCUUCUAUGCAUGGGUGGAACCAUUAUUGUCAGCUUGGGUGACUCAGAAUCUGGACCAAGUACAAUUGCUUCAAAGCCUCUUCUUGGAGAUGUUUUUGCUCUUGUAUCAGCUGGAUUCUACGCUGUCUACAUUACACUCAUCCGCAUAAAACUACCAGAUGAUGAAGAGAAAAAGGGUCGGGCCAGUAUGGCUCAGUUCCUUGGAUUCCUGGGUCUUUUCAAUCUCCUCAUUUUCCUGCCAGUUGCAGUUGUGCUUCAUCUUACUAAGCUAGAGCCUUUCAGUGCACUUACGUGGAAGCAGCUUGGACUUGUUGUUGGCAAAGGAUUAUUGGACAACGUGCUGAGUGACUACUUGUGGGCGAAAGCUGUGUUGUUAACAACCACGACAGUAGCCAGUGCUGGUCUUACAAUCCAGGUCCCAUUGGCGGCUAUUGUAGAUACCGUAACUGGCCAUGCACCUCGUCUCAUGGAUUAUCUGGGAGCCAUAGCUGUGAUGAUUGGAUUUGCUGGAAUCAACAUCCCUACCGAUGAAUAUAAAGAUCCCGGAGUAGAACCUGAAGAUUGUCAUGGUAGAUGUGAAGCAACACAGGCCAAUGUUUGAAGAUGGCAGGGCUAGAGAUGCAUUCAACAUUAACCACAGCUCCUUGUAUAGAAGACUUGAUUGAACACCGUCGGUAUCCAACCAAUGCGACCACUUUUCAGAUUGUAUAUGGGGAAGUCUCAAGAGUCAAAGAAAGGUAGUAGAGCCUCUGCUUAUCCGUCUCUUUGUAACAACAUUUUACAAUUUUGCCGACUGUAAAACUAAACAGAUCCAUUGCAAUGGAGGAAUCAGGG